UUGUGUGACGUAGAUAUUACACCACUGCCAUGCCACGAGGGGAAGACGACGACGACGAGGGCAUCUUAAAAACACUACUGAGGAACUGUCCACUAGUGCUGCCUAAACAGCGAUCUCAAACUUUUAUUAAAUACAUUGCCGCCACACUGACCCAAUUUGCCAUGAGAGUUUAAAACGAAGUGAUGUUAUUGUAGGGAACAACUUUCCUGAUUCACCUGAACAACCCGAACCCUCCAAUACUAUAUGGUCACAUGAUCAGAAAUGUGAGAAACGCUCAGUAGAAAGUGGAACUAAAAGUUAUGAAAGACUUGACAUGAUUAGCAGUGAUUUGUCAAAUGUAAGAUAAGUGGCCGUAAAAGUUUGAAGUCUAAUCCAAACCCAGAUUGACACACAAGACGCAUAGUGCCUUGCGAAACGUUGGCCCUUCAUUGCCCCCUGGUGGGACUCUCCCCGAGUAGUUUUGUUUUGAAUCUGAAAACAUUAGCACUCGAGUAGUGGGUGAGGUGUGAAGGAUCAGAUCACUACGAUCUUCUGACUUUUACAUUUUUAUUUCUUUAUUGUUUGUGUAGUAGACUUUCAUGCUGUGUGUAAAAUACAGCCUUCACAGAUUUGUUCCAUUACUGUGUGGACAAUUCAACGUUGGUAGAAGUGCGGAUCAGUGAAAACACCGUACUCUGAAGGUUACUGAAAGAUGGUGGAUCGCUUGGCAAAUAGCGAAGCUAACUCCAAGCGCAUUGCGGUCGUGGAGGGCUGCUUCGGCACUGCUGGACAACCGCUGGCCAUCCCGGGCAGAGUGCUUAUUGGGGAGGGUGUGCUCACCAAGCUGUGCCGCAAAAAGCCCAAGGCUCGCCAGUUUUUCCUUUUCAAUGACAUUUUGGUAUACGGCAACAUCGUCAUCCAGAAGAAGAAGUACAACAAGCAGCACAUCAUCCCACUGGAGAGCGUUACUAUCGACACUGUGGCUGAUGAGGGCGAGCUUCGGAAUGGUUGGCUCAUCAAAACACCAACCAAGUCGUUUGCGGUGUACGCCGCCACAGCCACAGAGAAGUCAGAGUGGAUGAACCACAUCAACAAGUGUGUGUCGGACCUGCUGGAGAAGAGCGGCAAGUCGCCCACGGGCGAGCACGCGGCCGUAUGGGUGCCAGAUUCGGAGGCGUCAGUGUGCAUGCGAUGCCAAAAGGUGAAGUUCACACCGGUCAGCAGACGCCACCACUGCAGGAAGUGCGGCUUCGUCGUGUGUGGCCCUUGCUCCGAGAAGAAGUUCCUGUUGCCCAGCCAGUCAUCUAAGCCUGUGCGUGUAUGUGAGUUCUGCUACGAGCAGCUCUCCACAGGGGCUACGCUGCCACCUCGCUCGAACUCAUACAGCCGCACCAACAACAUCUCUGAGGAUGAGGAUGAAGACGAUAGCAGUGACUGAAAACCUUCACUUUUGCUAUUUUAGGAAUAUUAUCUUCAGUUCAGGUUCCAGUGCAUUAGUGUCUUGUUUUUCCUUAAAGGCUUUGAAAUUAACAAAGAUUCCAUGAAGGUUUAUGGUGAUUUUAUUUUUAGUACAACAUUAAUGAAAUGGCAUAAUAAAUUUACCCUGAAAGUGUAGACACCAUAGGCAUAUAGUCGAACUGCAGUAUGAAUCCUAAGUUCCUGCAUUCACAAAAAAUAUUACUUGCAGGCUCACUUAGCCUUUUGCAGAUAACAUUGAAACAACUGUAGGAAUUCUAACCAAUCCAACUCGCUCCUGCAGAAUAUUUGGAUCAAUCCCAUUCGCUCCUGCAGAAAGCCUGACUAAAAUCACCUUCUAACCACAGUUCAUUUAGGUUGUACCCAUCCAUGAUAUUUUCUAAUGAAUUGAGAUGGUCAAUUUUCCCAAAA